AUGAUGGAUCGUCUUGUUCGCCUCCUUCGCAAACCCGGAUCGAAGGAUGCCGUCGAGGGCAUUGCUCCAACGCAGCGAAUCAAAAGGGAAGAGGAAGAAGGCAGUGAGAAUAUUACCAUAUAUGUCAUGACUCCAAAGCGAGCAAUCCUAGACCGGUGGCUAGACUGGGUUGUGCGCGCCUCGGGGUCAAAAUUCGUGUUUUGUGCCAUCCUUGCGGGCCUUUUGACAUGGGCUUUACUUGGUAUUCCCUACGGCAGAACGGAUACCUGGCAGGUUAUUAUCUCUGAUGUGCAGGCCAUUAUCUGUUAUGUCUUUGACUCUUUCCUGGUGCGUCAACAACUGAACGAGUAUGAUAAUGAAAUCAGGGCAGCGGCGCAAGUGCAGUCACGACUUAUCAGUCAUGCUCGGAUGUUGAAUGCACUCAAGAAGGAGAUCAAUGAACAGCGGAGUGUCCAUGGGGCUUUCGAAAACUCACCCCUAGAUAUCCAGGAGCGGGAAACUGCUCUUCCAGAGGAUACCAAGUUCGGCCGGGCCAUCGGUCUUUGCGCACGCAUUCUAGGACACUUGGUGACAUCAAUUCUAUUCUGGGCUGGCGUCAUCAUUUGGAUCGGUGUUGGUACACUACGUAAUUGGAGCAAUGAUUGGCAACUCUACAUGAACUCCGCUUCAUCUGCUCUAAUGGUGUUCGUGUUCUCCUUUCUCGCCAACAUCCAUGAACGGCAUUCAACCUAUAUGAAGAGGUGUCUCGAUGCAAUCUUUUGCGUGGAUUCAAGGCUAGAGCUGAAACUGCGGGAGCUGACCGAUGAUAAUCUCCAAAAUCAGCCGGUGGUCAUCCCUCCUCCAAGGGUCAACUGGAUUCAGCGCACUAUUUUCUACUAUGCGGACUUUGUGGGCACUUUGGCCGGUAUUGCCAUACUUCUAACUGUCGUCGCGAUCUGGGUGGCUGUUGGACCUAUUCUUAAAUUCAAUGCCAACUGGUGGCUUCUCAUAGGAACAUACGCAGGACUGAUUGGGAUGAAUGAUGCGUUUGUGUUACGGAACAUGCAAGCCCGUCUAAGUGGCUACGUUGACGCGGAGCAUGAGAAAAUCGACAAGGAAGAUGAAAGGCUGUUCAAUUCGAUUAGAUUGGAGAUUCCCACCGGUAAGGAACAUGCAGAUAACUCUCUCAGUUCGCGAGUUUCCCGAGUUAUGUGCCGGAUCAGUGCCCAUGAGCUUACAGUCGUCGCGGGCUUUCUACUCCUCGUCGGCUUGGUUAUUGGCGCCAGUGUCAUGAGGUGGAGCUUGACUGGACAGUUAUUGUGCAAUGUCCCACCGAGUAUAAUCGAGUCCUUCUUUAUGAUUAUUCUCAUCGCGGGUCAUAACGAAGAAGAGAGUCGAAAGGUUGCAGAGCUCCAGUCCAUGUAUGAACGUCGCCUGAGACUCCUGUCCUUUGUCAAACGGUUUGAGGCGCUGAGGGACUCGUCAGCCCAUCCACCCCAGAAGCUCGCUGUUGAUUCGACUUUCUUACGCAGUGUCUCUCGGGAGUAUGAGUAUCUACCUAGUUCCAUUGCAUUCGCAUCGGAUUUACGCAAGCGUGGCAGAAGAUUAUCUGUAGGUCAUGAUUCAACGGUGCCUACUUCAGAUUGA